AUGACGGUAGUAGAUAACAACAACAACAACAACUCAAACAAUGGAUCAUCAUCACCAUGUGGAUUCAUCAAGCAACUCCUUCGCGGGAGAUGGUUCAUGGUUUUUGCAUCCUUUCUUAUCAUGGCCAGCAGUGGCUCUAACUACAUUUUCGGUGUUUAUUCCUCCGCGCUUAAAUCGAAUCUCGAUUACAAUCAAUCCGAUCUUAACCUCAUUAGCACUUUCAAAGAUUGGGGUAGCGUUUUUGGCAUUCCUACCGGCCUCCUUAGUGAGGUGGCUCCGCCUUCGGUCAUUCUCAUUAUCGGUUCAGCCCUAAAUUUUGCCGGUUAUUUCCUAGUUUACCUUGCAGUCCUUGGCAAGAUAUCAAGACCCCCUCCUCUUCUCAUGUGUGCUUACAUUUUCAUCGGGGCAAAUUCUUGCAACUUUUUGAAUACCGGAUCCUACAUGGUCUGUGUCAAGAAUUUCCCCGCUAGCCGUGGGAUGAUGAUCGGGAUGAUGAAGGGAAUGUUGGGGUUGAGUGGAGCGUUAUUCACUCAAAUCUAUUACGCUGCAUGGGGUGGGAAAAACCCUAUUUCAUUGAUCCUUUUAAUCGCAUGGCUUCCGGCUGUAACCGGAUUGGUUUUCGUCACUACCAUGAAACACUUGGAAAGUACUACAACACAUCCGCACGAGAAAAGGGUUUAUUUCCAAUUCUUUGCCAUCGCGGUUUCCUUGGGAGUUAUUCUACUCCUCCUAACGAUUUUAGAGACGUAUUUCAACUUCUCGUCGAAAGAAUACAUAAUAAGUUGUGUGGUUGUCCUUCUCGUAUUAUUCUCUCCUAUCUUUAUCGCGAUAAGGGAGGAGACGUUGACUUGGAGAAAAAGAAAUAGCCCGCCUCCCCCCGAGGAAGCGAACGAGGAUCGUGAACGGGCCGUGGAGGAGGUCGAGGAGGUGGAGGUGGAGAUGACAAACGAUCAAAUAAUAGAGGGAAAUGUAACUGAGGAAACUAGAUCUAAUUUAACAUGUUUCAAUAAGCCAAAUAGGGGGAGUAACUUUGGAAUAAUGCAAGCAUUAACUAGCAUGGAUAUGAUAAUGUUAUUUAUAAUAACAUUUUGUGGAUUUGGAUGCUGCCAGGCUACAAUAAACAACUUUGGACAAAUAGGGGGAUCCUUAAGCUAUCCGACAAAGACAAUUUCAGCCUUUAUCUCAUUAAUCAGCAUAUGGAAUUUCUAUGGAAGAAUUUUUACUGGAUUCUUAUCUGAUUAUCUACUAAGAAGAUUUCACAUCCCGAGGACCUUUUUACUAGUGUGCGCGUUAGUCGUAACCGCUGUGGCCGACGUUAUAAUCGCUUUAAACCCCUUUUCAGGUUCCAUCUAUCUUGCCUCCCUUUUGACGGGAUUAUCCUACGGAUGCCAACUUACUUUGGUGUUUGUUUUGAUAUCGGAGUUUUUCGGAUUAAAACAUUUUCCUAUGUUGGCAAAUUGUGGGAAUUUAGUGUCUCCUUUCGGUCUUUAUACCUUUAAUGUUCAAGUUGUUGGACGAUUAUACGACAAUGAAGCACUUCGACAAUUUAGGGCAAUAAACGGGCCUAAUAAAGCGCCCGUUGAAGACUUGACUUGCACCGGAAAAGAAUGUUUUAAAAAUUCGUUUCUUAUCUUGGCCGGGGCUAAUUUAUUUGGGGCAUUGGUAGCUUUUGUCUUGCAUUUAAGAACUAGGAGAUUUUACAAGGAACUAUCUUCAUAA